AUGUCAAAUGACAAUGCAGUUCAUGACCAAAGGGAAACUUCCAAAGGCACCGAGGUGUUGAAGGCAUGUAACAAAGUGGACGUCAAAAAACCUGACAACGAUGAUGAGGAUGAAUCAAAAUGGGAAUUAUGUUCUGCUUACGAUCAUGACAAGAAGUUUGAUCCGGAAGAGUACUUGGAUGGAUUUUAUAAGACUGCCAGUGAAGACACAGCGAUGCAGAUUGUGCUUUUCUUUUUGCCUGGUCUUACCUACUACCUUCCAAGAAAUAUUCAAACACUGCUUGAUCUUGGAGCUGGUCCAACUGUUUACGUUCCAAUUGUAUUCCGGAAUAGAGUUCUAAACAUUUACACGUCAGAUUACGCUGAAGCAAAUAGACGAACUCUUGAGUCGUGGUACAAGAAACAUAAUCGUUUCGACUGGGUACAAGUUUGUCAAUGGAUCGCUGACAUUGAGAGUUCUAAAGAAUCACCAGAAGAUAUGCAGGAAACUACGCGAAGCAAACUUCGAGCUAUUCUAAAUGUUAACGUUCAUAACGAGGAAAUUAUUGAAUCGAUACACUGUCGAUGUAAUAGUACAGAAAGCGAUAUGAUACCAAGACAAUUUGAAGUUGUUACAACAGUUUUCUGUUUGGAAUAUGCUUGCGAAACUUUAGAAGAGUACCGAAAAACAGUACGAAACACUGUUCGUCUAAUUGAGCCUGGUGGUUAUUUGGUAUGUGCAAACAGAAAGUCUUACCAAUUCUAA